AUGGAGAGUAGUGAACAGAACGGCAAGUCAACGUCGGAGUAUGAACUGCCGGUGGAUCGUCCAGUUCGGGUAUAUGCCGAUGGAAUUUACGAUCUCUUCCACUUUGGCCAUGCUCGUUCCCUCGAACAAGCCAAAAAACUGUUCCCCAGCACUUAUCUUCUUGUUGGAUGCUGCAAUGAUGAAGUCACGCACAAAUUCAAGGGCAAAACUGUUAUGACUGACAUGGAGCGCUAUGAAUCUCUCCGUCAUUGCAGGUGGGUUGAUGAAGUUAUUCCAGAUGCACCAUGGGUGAUUACCCAGGACUUCAUUGACAAGCAUCAGAUUGACUACGUGGCACACGAUUCUCUUCCUUAUGCUGAUGCAAGUGGGGCCGGCAAAUAUGUUUAUGAAUAUGUCAAGUCCAUAGGAAAAUUCAAAGAGACAAAGCGGACUGAAGGGAUCUCUACAUCGGAUAUAAUAAUGAGGAUCGUGAAAGAUUAUAAUGAGUAUGUGAUGCGCAACUUGGACCGAGGUUAUACUAGAAAGGAACUUGGCCUUAGCUAUGUGAAGGAAAAAAGGUUGAGAGCUGACAGGGGGCUGAAAAGGUUGCAUGAGAAAGUGAAGAAACAACAAGAGAAAGUGGGGGAAAAGAUACAAACAGUAGCAAAAUCUGCAAGUAUGCAGCGCAACAUUUUGGUGGAAAAUGCCGAUCGGUUGGUUGCUGGUUUUCUUGAGAUGUUUGAAGAGGGCUGCCAUAAGAUGGUGUUGCAAAAAGAAAAAUGGAUUUACGAAGCAAAUAUUGAUGGAGAAAAUUCCAUUUCAUUUUUGUGGUAA